AUGACAUCUCAACAAGCUAAAAAUGGUGAAAAAAGUACAGAUUCUACGAACAUUAGUUCUGGUAAUACUGAUCGUUCAACUGGUACAUCAGGUCAAUUAGGAUCUGCUUCGACAGCUGAACCUGAAGGUAGUUCAGCAUUAGGUGAUUCUAAUUUUGCUGGUAUGAGUACUGCAAGUGCUGCAUCAAAUCAGCGACAAAAAACUGAUGAAGGUGCAGCAACUGGCCAAGGUACUGGUGGUGCUGGAGAAGGACAAGGUGGGGCUAGUCAACCAUGGAAUACAUCAUCAGCUGCUCCAUAA